ACGUGAUUCUUGGCGUAUGCCAUCAUCAUAUCUAGCCCCUGGUGUCGCGUAUUCCUGCAUUAUUGUUACAUCAGGUAGAUAAGUAAAACAAAUACGAUGGAUUUUAACGUGAAGAAAUUGGCCUCGGGUGCCGGACUGUUUUUCACACGAGCUGUCCAGGUGAGAAAUGUGUUACUGUGUUUUUUUUUAAGUGCAGUUUCUCGGCUGAUUCCUGCUUUUCAUUUUGACAGCCAGCUGUUACUAUCGCCACUGUCACGGUACAGUUGCUGACUUUGCUCUAUAUUGUACCUCCAUGGUUACAUAACUCUUACUCGGACAGCAAGAAGGUACAGAAAAUGAAUUCUCAGCCACAUCUCGGUGAUAGUUUAGGCCUACAGUGUGAUUAAAGAGCGCUGUCCAGAUGCUACAGUUGGCUCUGUUGUUAGCCAAAUGGAUAACGUAUCCAUUUUAUGAAACGUUAUCUUUGAAGAAAAGCUAGCUGAGCGGUCGCCCCUAAAACUAUUAUGAACGGCUUUUGUUUGAAGACCCAAAUAAAUGUCACUGUAUGCUUUCACUUUCCUCGUUUGGGUAAGUUUGAGGGGUAGAGGGGACACGGAAACUGCUGUCGGACGACCAAGACGUGCAGGUCGUGAACCAGACCCUUCACGACGUCAUGACAUCAUCACGUUUACUUCUGUUUCAUUAUGAUAACGACGAGGUUUUACUGAACGAUGCGGAGGUUAUAAGAUAAUGUAUAGCAACAGACCCUUAAAAAUGCGUAAAAAUAUGAAUAUAAAGGUAAAUAACUAAGAGUAAAUAACUGAGAGACCUGCUGUAAAAGCCCUUAGUGGGUAUGCAUCCCAAACCUCAAUGGGGCCCUAAGCAAAAAUUGAUUUUGGGGCCGUCUAUUUCUGCCAGUAAUAUUGAUUGUUGAUCAUUCACACACCUCCUACAGUUUAAAUUUAAUGUGCCUGACAUGUCUUUACACAUUUAAGGGGGUGGCCUUGGUAAUAAUAUAAAUAAUACCAAUGCAAUCAUAAAAAUAAUACCAAUGAAUGACUAAUGAAUGAUGUUCAGGGUGCCAAAUAUGAAUUUUAAUCUCAAAAAGUAGCACAUUCAGGAUGCUCAGUGCACAUUGCACAGCAGGAGGCACAUAACUGUAGUGGAGCUUUGACGUAUCGGCAGUAAGAAUCAUAGGCCUACAUCAGCAGCAGCACUAAAAUGAUUUUACUUAAUUUUAUUUUUACAACAAUAUAUAUUUGAUCAUACAAAAAGAAUCACUUAUACAAGCAAAAAAUAAAAAAAUAUUAUUUUUUUAUAGAAUAAAUAAGUACAUUAAUCAUUUGUGAAAACACCUGAUAGUUAAUGCCCUUCUUCCUCAAUGUACCUGGUGAGAACCAUGUUUUUGUACCACUUUUUAAACUGGGUCAUGCUUUGCCAACGCUUGAGCUCCGCACCUAAUCUCGAUAAAAGCAGUUUAUGUCCACCUGAAAAUAACACUCACCCUGUUUUGAUGUUGCCAAAACUUCUUGCCUCUCUGCUGUUUGCAUGUUGAAGCUGCCUGAGGUUAGACUUGCACACUUAAACUGACAAAUAUAACUGUUUACUAACUGAUGUGCAAACUCUUACAUAAACAAGCUUGCUUUAAAUUGAUUAUUAUGUGUUAACCUCUUAAUCCAAGGUGAGAUAGAAACAGAUGUGCCUCUAUAGUUCACUCUAUUAACUUGUGUGUGUGUGUGUGUGUGUGUGUGUGUGUGUGUGUGUGUGUGUGUGUGUGUGUGUGUGUGUGUGUGUGUGUGUGUGUGUGUGCUCUGCCUCAGUUCACAGAGGAGAAGCUGGGCCAGGCUGAGAAGACUGAGUUGGAUGCCCACUUUGAGAGCCUGAUGAGCCGUGCAGACUGUACCAAACUGUGGACUGACAAAAUUUACAGACAGACUGAGGUCCUGCUGCAGCCCAACCCAAGUAUGACAUCAGUAUAAACUAUCCCACCAAAAUUUAUAUAAAGUGUAUUAAAGGUGCAUAUUUUGUUCAUGUAGAACCAUGGUGGAAUACAUUUAUGUGAUCUAAAUGGUUGGGAACUUCAAAUACAGUCCAGCCAGCUUAUCUGCUCAACAGUAAGCCAAAUAAACAAAAAAUAAAUAAAUAUUCUUCUCAGCUUAGUCACUCUGUAUUAAAGUUGUAGAGCUUAUAGUAGUGGCAGUUGUCCACUGGCAUUUAUUUUGCCAGAGGAGGCGGGGUUUACGGCCGGUACUGCAACCAGUCACCAGGGGGUGCUGUUCUUGCGGAGGCUUUACCCAGCGAGGAGGCAUAUGACACCCACUCUAUAUACAGUCUAUAACAGUGACACACUCCAAAUAAAAGAGUCCCCCUUGAACACUUUUUGCUCAGUUGUUGUCAAAAAAGAGUGAAGAGUGAGUGGUGACUGAGUGGCCAUUGAACAGAGCACUCUUAUAAGGCCUGACAUGAUUUAUGGGUACAAUAAUACGAACUGAAAUGUUAAUAGUAGACUGAUCAGAACGCCAGACAAGACAUUUGUGAGGUGGUCAAAGAAAUGACACAUCAAGAUACAGCCAUGCACCAAAGCAUUACCCUUUUUUAACCCUCUAUUAAUACAGUUAAUUAUACAAUGUUAUAUAUUAAAAAUGACUGAAGAAGGACAGUGACUAUACAGCUACAUGAAAAAGUGACUGAGGUAGUAAAUGACAAUAAUGUAGGCUAGUUUUCUUCUUUGCUUUGAGAAGUGAUGCAGGUUUGUUGGCACUUCUGCUUCAGCUCUAUGUUUGAAAUCAUGCUCACUUCUUAAAAAGUCUGUGGUUAACAUACAUGAACCAAAAUACAAACGCAUACUGCUGGGGUCAACAGUGUUACUUUAAAAUGACCUGAUCUUUUCAAAGAUCAACACUGUUACAAAAAAUUGUGGUCAAUAAUACAUUUAUAAAUAUUUCUGGAGCACAAAAUACUUUUUUUUUUUUGUAAUGGAAUUACUGUUUUGUUUAGUGUAAAACUCUAAAACCCUUUGCAAGAAAGUAGAUGUAAAUUAUUUUCUACACAAUUCAGCUUAUUAGCCUUAUGUUUUUAGAUUUAAAGUGACAUGGAGUGACUCUGGAAAAUAGGGAGCUCUAACUUGUGACUUUUUGAUUCUUCAUGCUACAGUUGAUCACACUGGUGAGUAUUUGCUCUCCUUGUAUGAGUGCUUUUCUCUAGAAUCUCUUCAUGCCUUUUACUAUCAGCACAGAGACGCAGUUGAUGAACGUUAAUAGAACCAAACCAGCACAUGAUUCUCUUUGACUCCUUUCUUACAAUUUAUCAUCUAUAUUACUGCUCUUAGUCAUCAUAUUCAUUAUAUGAUUAAUGUAAUUGUUGUAGAGUCCAAGUAACAUUUGAGUCUGUCCAUAUUCAACAACAUAGACGAAGAAUAUUUACUUUUGAUGUUUGCCGGGUCGAAACAUUUGUGAGUGUGAGCAGAGUUCGGAAAAUCUUCUUUUAAACAGAAACAAUAAAAUCUUUGUAUUUAUAUUUCAUCUAAAUAAUUAAAAUGAGAAAAUGAUAGUGACUAGUGACAUUUCUAAUGUUGUAUUGGGGUUUUGAGUAAAGCUUAAGAUAUGGACAGAAACAAAUCCCAUUAGGAGUUAUCCUUCUUUUUCAUUAGACAGUAAAACUACACAAUUUAACAAGCAUAUGAAACCAAAGCUUUAUCAGAAACAGAGCAGGGUGUCAGCCAACUCUACUUUUAAAAAUGUAGCUUCCUGCUUUUAAAACUUACCCAACUGUUUAUCUUCAUCACAUCAUCUCUGACCAGCUGAUCUCACAUCCUCAUAGCACCUUUCUUGCUUCAUGUACAAAUCUGUGAAAGUGUGUUUUAUUGUGUGUUUUUGGACUAUCUAUAUCACACUCAUGCUCAACUUUUCUCACACAUAAGUUGUAGCCUGUAGACUUCUGUUUUGCAGAAAAAGUUUUUCACAAGUACCACAUAAAUUGUUGGCCAGCCAUCUGAAAACUGGAUUAUUAUUAUUAUUAUUUAUUAUUGGACUGCUUUAGAUUUGCAGAACCUCACAAUGAUGCUUUUACCAGCACAAAUCUUAAAGCAUUAAAUGGCACCACAAGAAAACCUGGUAUUAAAAGUACGUGAGUCCUAAAUGAUGUUAAGAUAAGAAAAAAAAAUAAAAAAUCGCAAAGUGAGGAAUUAAAAGUGUUCCGAAACAGAUGAAUGUACAGAAAGAAGUACAUUGUAUAUUCCAUAUGACAUUAAUACUAUUAAAUGUUGUGUAACAUCAGUGGCUGAAAAUCAAAAUAUCAAUAAUCUACAUUUUGCAUUUUCAUUCUAAGUAAAUACCCAUGGAAAUACACAAAACAAGAAGUUGUUUAAUACAUUAAUUUGUUUCUGGCUUCAACGUUCUCCUUGCAAUGUGCACUUGUGAAAAACAUAUUAACUGCAAAUCCAGCGUUGUAAUUGUGUUCACUCAACUCAUCCAUUGUCAUGUAUUACUUAGAAUAAAUAUUAGACUUGGUGGUAUUUUGUUCAAAAGAAUUACUGUGAUAUUUUACUACAAUUACUACAAAAAGACAUGAGUACACAUUUGGUUGGAUAGGACUGCUAUUGUAUCCAUACCUGCUGCUUUAAUAGUAUCUGAAAAGCAGAUGACGUCAGCUGUAGCACGAGCCACGUCACAAAUGACCUGGUAAACCUUUUUAGAUUUCAGACAUUUUUUUUCUCUUUGUUCAAGGUAUAAAAACCAAGAAUGAAAAAGAAUGAAGGCAGAAACAUUUUAAGGUUGAAAUGCUGAGGAUGGAGGGUGGAUAUUAAAACAACAACCGUCCUACUCUGAUUCCUGUUUUCUAAAUGUUUGACAUUUUGCCAGUAUUUAGUCUUUAUUUUUCAGCUGUAAAUCCAAAACUCUAUUUCUCAUGCCUGUCCUUUUGACUUGGAUCUGAUUUAAUAUUUUGAAACAGUUGAGGCUUUUGAUGUGGCAUUAGACUGAAGAACACAAAUCCAUGGCAAAUAUUACAAAAAUACAAUAAACAAGUAUGGGCCAGAAUUCUCUUUAACUGAUGAUAUUUGAAGGCAUUUUAGUACUAAAAACAAAAAUACCACCCAAGCCUAAUAGACUUUGUCCUCAUAUAAUUUGCAGCUCAUGUGUGAUAAAUACAUGCUGGACAUUUAAAGAGUGCUUGUACUCUCUAAUUCACACUUUUGUUAAGCCUGUAAUGUUGGGGCUGUUAGAGGUUUGAUUCCACUUCAUUUCAUUUUUUUGACUCAAGUGUGUGUGCUAUCUUUUUUUCCCCAACUCAUUACAGAGCAAAGACAAGAUUCAACUCUCUGUCUCUCUUCUGUUGAAAAGUCAGAUGUAUUGGUUCAGUUCAGUUUGUAAUGUUUUUUGAUUUAAUACAAAGCUGGUGAGAGUAUCUACUUGAUUAGUCUUUUAGUAUGUGCUGAAAGGUUUGGAGUAAUUUUGGACCCCAUGUUAUUACAUGUUAGUAACUACACAUCACAUCUGCUGUUCAUGCACAGAUUCAUAUUUUCAUAGAGGAGGAAGUCAUCCUCUUUUCUCACGGUGUUAGCCAGUAUGGCUCAUUGUAAAUUUUUCCCUAAAGGGUUAUAAAACACAUGAUAACUAUAUGCUAACUUUAUGCUAAACAUCUGAUAGAAUGACCUAUCUGUCAGAAAGGUCAUUCUAUCAGAUGUUUGUCCUAAAACCGCGAGAAUACAGUCUAACAGAUAUGACCUGGAAGUUUGCAACGACGUUUUUUUUUUUUUUUGUCAGCUAUUACAGAAAACACAGGGUGAGCAGAAGCAGAGAGUAAACACAUUCACACCAAUAUAACGUCCAUUUGAGGACUGGUUAUGAAACAAAGUGAAAUCAACAGUGAUGUCUCUUUAUGACACACAAAAGCAAUCAAGACACUGGGGACAGGACUGACCAUUUCUGUCCUGUAAUUCAUAAUGCCAGUAAGCAAGUAUGAGAGGUCAGGUGUUAGGUGACUGCUGAAAAAGCAUCCUUUUUUAUUUCUAUGGCAAGUAAUUAUAGUGAGUAAAAAUGAUGUGAUAUUUUAUCAACAAAUCAACACAAACUUUAAGUUUUUGAUAUUCACUGUUUCAUCAGAUGAAAAAAAAAAUACUGCUUUUAUAGUCGAUCAUACUUACAGUCCAAACCUUGUCAAUGAAAUAUGACUGUUCACUAUUCAUAUAUGUGUUAAGAAGUUCAGUCAGUUGUGAUAUUGAUUUAAGGUCACUCAGCACUAGCCUUAGCUCAAGUUUUGUUACCUUGUUUCUUUUUAUGAGUGUUAUGACUCUUUAAACUUUUAAAUCUCACGGUAAAGUUUAACAUAUCUUUUAAUAAGAUUUUUUUGGCAGAUAUGUAGGACAGAGUAUCAGGGUCACAUUAGGAAAAAAAAUGUAAGACUUCAAGAUUAAAGUCAUUAAUUUACAAGAAUAAAGUCAUUACUAAUGAGAAUAAAGUUGUAAUAAAGUAGUUAUUUAUGAGAAUAAAGUCCUUAUAUUCUAACCUGUUGUUUAAGAUGACAGUUGUUGAAAUAAGAGCCAUGGAGCAUUUCAUGACAUGUACCUCCAAUAGGUUUCUCAAACAUGGAGAAACUUAAUCUUUUGGCACAUCAGCACCACAUUAUCAUAAGAAUCACAAUGAUUUUAGUACGACUUUAUUCUACUAACUAAUUAUUUUAUUAUGACUUUAUUCUCGUUUGUAAUGAGUGUAUUCUCAUAAGUCGAUGACUUUAAUCUUGAAGUCCAACUUUUUUUUUUCUUCAUGUGGCCCUAAUACUCUGUCGUAAAUAUGACUAUGUAAAGGUGCAUUAAAAACUUAUGUCUUCUACUUUAUUUAAAGAACAAGCAGAAUUUUUAUACAUAUCCAACCAGGGCCACUGUUGAAAGAGGCAGUCAAACGUUCCAAACCGUCUGACAUCGAAGUCUGUCUUUAUCAACAAGAAGCACAAAAACUGGUGUUAUGUUUGUUCACCAGCCACCCUGUUAUCUUCUACUGAGCAAUCUGGUUUAAGUAUGAUUACCAGCUGUCAACAAGGGUGGAUGAGAGUGUCUGGCAAAAAGUUAAAUGUUGAAAAAAAAAAAGUUUAUAAAAAAAGACAAGUAAAUGAUACUGGCAAUCCAUUUUUGAGUGUAGAAUAUUUUUUAAUUUUUGAGAAGGAGUUUCAGAUGCCUUGUUUGCACCUUGCCACAGAUUUAUUCUCUUCUUGACUUUCUCUGCAGGUGCCAGGAUUGAGGAAUUUCUCUAUGAAAAGCUGGACAGAAAGGCACCGUCUAGGAUCACCAACGCAGAGCUGCUGGGUCAAUAUAUGCAGGAUGCAGCAAAGGAGUUUGGUCCAGGAACUCCAUACGGUUAGUAUUCAACAUGGUCCAAAACAAGCUCUGCUAGAGGGAUGCUAAAUUCUCUUACAUUCUGCAUAAAUAAAACACAAAAAAAGCGUUGCAGUUUCGAUUGUGUGAUCUCAGGCUGUAGUUGGGUUCAGCCAGGUUUAAGUGCAAUGUGACGACAUCCUUGCCUUACUGCAUCUCUGUCCAACAGCAAUCUCAAGGUGCCUGUCAAGAUUAUGCCCCAUGAAUUUAAAAAAAAAGGAGAGAAAACUACCCAAGACUCAUGGUUCAGACUUUUUACUCUCUGAGGAAUCCCUAAUACUUGUUUUAGUGGUUCUGGCUUUAGUGAUUAAAAUGAAUUCAAUUUAAGGAAAAAGUUACAUUUACAAAAAAAGGAGGUGAUAGAAAUUUUUGAGAAUUUUUCAGGUCAGGUCAAGUGUUUAGUAUGCGCUUCUAACUUGGUAAGUCCACAUGACACAAACUCAAAACUUCCAAACAAAACCCUGGACAUUUGAAGGAUUUUAUAAACUCCCCCCGGACAAAAGAGGAUGAAUGGUCACCCUAGAUAGAAACCUUUUAUGAAAUUCUUGAUCUCAAAGUAAAAACUCCUAUUUCUAAGAAACACAUACAGUUCAUUACUAUUGGAGAAUAACUAAAACAACAGUUUGUUUGUUUUUUUUCCACAUGGGAGGAAUUUAUAUAAUGGCACAAUCACAAAUGCUAAUUUUUUUAUAAUGCGUUAACUUUAAAAAAAUAUAUAUUAUCUUGCAAUAUUGGUAUAAAUUUACAUCUAUGUUUGAAAAGCAGUAACUGUUUUAUCAGGGGACAAGACAAUGCAACAGAUGAGUAUGUAAUUUAUAAUAAACUCUCUGUGGUGACUAAUCUAAUUUCCUUUCUUGUAGGGAGCACGCUGAUCGAGGUCGGGGAAUGUGAGAGAAGAUUAGGAACAGCAGAGAGGGAGUUCCUACAGACGUCAGCCAUCAGCUUUCUUACUCCCCUCAGGAACUUUCUGGAAGGAGACUGGAGGACCAUUUCAGUGAGUCUGAAACAACACAUUCAUACUGUUCAGUUGAUUCAGUCGAUGGUAGUAGAAAAAGUGUGUAUUUGUGUGUCGGGGAAGUUUUUGCAUUCAAGUCAAAUUAAAGUCUCAAGUUUUCCAGCUAAUGAAAUUUACAUCUCAUGAUUACAACAAUUGUGUUUUGUACAAAGCUGAGUCAUGCUGACAGAAUGGAUGUCAUCAGAUUAUAGAGGGCAGGUUUUAAGUUCUGCUGCUAAAGAUGUGAGUGGUCAAAAACCUCCUCAUAGAUGGCUUCAUAGACUUUAAACACAGUAGACCAAAUAUCAUAGUCUGUAAAAACUUCACACUGGGCAUCUAACGCCUUGGAUUUUGUAGCUCUCCACUCUUCCAUCAGGCUGUAGGACCUCGAUUUUCUAAUGAAAUGCAAAAUUAACUUCCAUCUGAAAUGGGGACACCGGUUCUUUUUCUCCCCAGUCCUGACGUCAUCUUCAGUGUAGGAGUGGCUUGAUUAUAGAAAUGUCACUGUUUUAGACCGUCCUGUUUGUGGUGGCUCAUUAUAUGCUGACACCAGUCUCACACAAGCGCUCCAUAGUUCUUGAAUCGUCUUUCUGUUCAUAUGCACUCUGUGAACUGCCAUCCUUUUUUACCAAUGAUCUUCUGUGGCUUCCUCUCUUUGUGCAGGGUGAUGAUGAUUAUAGUAUACUGGACAACCGUUGAGUCAGUAGUCUUCCGCAUGACUCGGGUUGCAUAUACUUAACUAGAUAUCACAUUGAAAUUCUUUGAAUAGUUAUUUUCCUAAACUCAGGAUAAAAUCUCCUGAUAUUUGAGGAGACAUGUUUUUACAUUCCAGUUAGACAAACACUUCAAACAACUCAGUUUAUGUGUAGUAAGAUUAGAAAACAAUCUUCAUUCGCUUUCGUGACUACCUGAUGGAUAAUAAUAAACUUUUAUUGCGAUGUUCUGAUUCAUUGGGAUGCUGACGAUCUCAAGAUCAAGAUCAAGAUUGGUUUAUUUGUCAUAUGCAUGUUAAACAAAGUCAGCGGUGCAAUGAAAUGCCCUGGAUGAGAAGGACUGCUCGCCCCAAAGAAGUACAAAUAACACGCAAUAAGUACAAAGAAGAAUACAAUAAAAUAAGGAUACAAAAUAUAAAAAAGCAUAAAAGAAAUAUUUACAAAGUGCACAAGCGAUGCAGUAGGUGCUGUCAGAGUGUGAAUGUAUGCAACCAUAGCAUGCCUCCGAAUCGCUGUGUAUGUGGUGUCAGUAAUGUGCUCAUGUUGCUGAGGGUUUUUUGUCACUGCACUCAUAUUAAUGAGAGCAGUCUCUCUUUUUUACCUCCUCCUCUCCCUCCCUUUUGUGUGUACUUUCCCCAUCUGUAAAUGCAAUUUCGUUGUGCACAGUUGCAAUGACAAUAAAAAACAUACCAUACCAUACCAUACCAUACCAUACCAUGGGGAAUAAGUCAGUGGGAUAAAUGAGGUACAAGUUGCUGUAUUUCACAUGAUAUUGUGCAUCACAUAUAGUAUUGCACAGUUAAGUAGGUUGUUGUACAGAGUAUUGUCUGGUGGUAUUGUCAGGAGUUUAGUAAUGGAACUGCAUGUGGUUAGUAACUGUUCUUCAGUCUUUUAGUGCGAUCUGAUUUGAAAGGGGAUGAAACCUUUAGCUAUACAACAAAGAGCCAUGUAUGUAUACUACUUCUUCCCAUAUAACGAUUUACAAAUCCAACCUUUCUCUUUUUCUCACUGUGUCCUAUUGCGAGCUAAUUCACUAAAAAUGACUAGUAUGACCACCAGAGGUCAGCGCCGUUGCAUACUCAUGUCACCCUGUAUUCCUCUUCUGUCUGAAACUCUUGGCUGUUUGUGAAUGAGCCUGAUUUGGUUGACUUGGAUUGCAUCAUGCCAGCACAGCUCCAUAUGCUGGAGUUCGUCACCGCUCAGCCUAACUUCCUCCUGAUUGUGUCAUUGUUUGUACUCAGAAAGAACGCCGCCUUCUGGAAAACCUUCGUCUGGACCUGGAUGCCUGCAAAACACGACUGAAGAAGGCCAAGCAGGCAGAGGCUAAGGCUGCAGUGAGUCAUUUUGGGUUAUUCAUCACAAUCCCUUUUCUUCUCAUUGCCAUAACUUUUCUAAUGUAAUAAAGCUAUUGGUGUUACCAGCCUAACCCAUGACUAACUGUCUGUGUAUCCAUAACCUUUGCAGUGCGAGGGUGAAGUGAGUAUUAAAACAUUCUUAAUGAUGCAACAUGUUGGGUUGUUUUUUCCUGUCCCAUUUGCUUAGACUCAAUCAUCCUUUUCCACUAAAUUAUUGGUAAUAGGAAAACCUUUGGUCAAUCAGUGGGAAAAACCACAACGCAAUGGACUGAAAAACAACCUAGACCUGAAAUUUACUUGAAUUUUUUUCAUUUUUAAGCCUCAAAAGUUUUCAAUUUGGGAAUAACAUGAAGUGUGCAUCAUUAACAGCUCUAGAUACAAAGACUUUGUUCUCAUUUCUAUGAAUUUGACACAAAAUUCAGUUUUAGUGCAAACUUGUACUGCACAUGUACAUACCAAUAAGUAUGUUUGCAAUAAAAAUGAAUAACUUAUUGAUAGAAUUACGUACUUUUUAAUAUCUAAACAUGGUCAAGGAAUCAAUACACCUAAAAACCAUUCUGCUUUUUUCAAGCUUUUUUGUUUCACUCUUAAAAAUAUAUCUUUAAAAAAAGUCUGACUUUAAUCAGAACUUUUGUUUCCAUUACAGUGCAGAGAAAAACACGCACACUGCUGACUGAAAAAAGCCAGACUUUUGCAACAUGAUUGCAUGUUGGCAUGCGCAUGAAAAACAACAAAGCAGCUUUUGAACAGCUAUAAAUACCUCUGACUGCCCUACUUCUGGUAGAUCAGUCAUUUAGGUGAAUUAGGCUGAUGAGUCAUUAGUUUCUGUGUUGUUAAGAAAAUGCUGAUAUCCUGUUAUAUUGCGUUAUCACUCUGCACCUUUCUUUUACGACAAGAGACACACCCAAUGUGAAAGUGAGACGGAAGUUGUGACAUAGAAAUAACUUUGGCCAUAUCUGCAGCUGUCUGGAGAUCAUGACUGCCCUUUGAGAUGAGGGAUGAAUCAGAGCAUUUGUAUUCAACUGUUUCUAAUUAGAGGGAAAGGAAACUUAACUUGAGUCUGCAAAGAAAAUCAAGCAGUUUUUAAGAAGGUGACAGCUUCUUUCAAAUGUAUUUAAGGGUCUUAAUGACUAAUAGGUACAAAAGGUUUUGAAAUUUAAAGUAUUAUGGGAAAAUGCCUAUGCAGAACAGGCUGUUAUGGCUACAUCAUGAUCUUUUUUAAAUGUGCUGGUCAGGAUCAGACUGUUAUUCCAAGAGUCUUUAUCAAAAUUAAAGAGGUACACAUUUUGUUUUGAUUAUAGUUGUUUUUUUGGAAAUGGAAUCAGCAAUUAGCUGCAUCAUCUACUUUAAAGUCUUUGGUUAGAAGAGCCUCGCAUUUGACUAAAAGCAGGGUAUCUGUGGGGUCUGAAAAAGUCUGAAAACGUCUAAAACCUGAUCAUUUGAAUGUAAGGUCCAAAAAUGUCUAAAAUUCCCUUAAAAUAUCAUAAAAUGUCUUAGAUUCGAUUUUAAAAGGUCUUAAAAACGUAUUGAUGUUACUUACAAAUAAAGAUUGAUAUCAAAUUCAAUCAAUCAAUCAAUCAAAUUUUAUUUAUAAAGCGCCAAAUCACAACAGUCGUUAUCCCAAGAUGCUUUCCAAAAAAUAGCAGGUCGAGACCACGCUCAUAUUUUGGUCAAUUACUGAGACUUAACCUUAAGAUGGGAGAGAUUUAACCGAUCUCAUCUAACAUGGUUGACAGUAGCAAGGAAGAACUUCCUUUUAACAGGCAGAAACCUUGAGCAGGACCAGAUUCAUGUUAGACAGCCACCCAAUGUAAAAUGUUUGGAUUUGCUUUCAUGUCUUUUGUACGUUUUUUUUAGUAUGGAUAUAAAAUUGGUCUUAAAAACGUAUUCAUUACAGUCUUUAAAAAGUCUUAAAUUUGACUUGUUGAAACCUGCAGAAACCCUGAAAAGACAGAGGCAGCUGUAGACCAGCAACUCCUGUGUUCUGCAAGGUCAACACAUAUAUAGAUAUAAAUUUUGAUUUGUACUUUUAACCUUUAGGGUUUAUAAAGGAAAAUACAUCUGGUUAAAAUAGGAUCCCACCUUGAAACAGUACAGUUCUACAGCAAUCUUUAAACACAGCUGUGAGACAUUUUGAAGGUUUGUUUGUUGUGGUUAUCGGGCGAUCUUUGAACUUUGAGAUCAUCUUGCAGUCAUUACAGCUCUUGUUGGGCUGCCAGCUGAAGCUGAACAUCAAGAAAACAAAAUAUUUGAGAUAAAAAUAAAUGAUAAAGAAGAAUUUCAAAAACUCAAGAUUUUUUAGACCAUCUGUUCUCAACACCAAAACGAGAGUGGACCAUGAUACUCAGAUACUCCAAACAUCAAUACAGAGAUAAAAAGUGUUCGAAUAAUCUUCAUUCAUUUCUGCUGUGCUUUGUGAUUGCUUGAUCUUUAUUUUUGAUGCAUAGUGUGAAGUUAAGUAUGUAUACAUUGAAAAGCUGAAGUAUAAAAAUCCAAUCACCUUUCUUUUACUGUAGAUGGCUCCAGAUUUUCAGGAGACAAGACCCCGCAACUACGUGCUUUCUGCCAGUGCCUCUGCGGUAAGAGGACUUUCUCUUUUAGUUGUAUACGGAAAAAUACUGACAAAUCCUGUUCUCCUACACUGACUUUAGAAAGAGAGAUCAACAAAGGUAGGUGUGUACUUUAUCACCAUUUUCUCAUGAGAUGUAUCAUUCCAGGUUAAAAUCUAGUGCUGGUUUAAUACCAGACCUGUGAGUCAUCCUUUGUAAUAUUGUGUUGGAGUGAUAAUUGUUGUGACUUAACUUGUGAAAGUCUUUUAAACUUUUCAAUCAUCUGUUAGUCACCUUGUUGUGUGGUCUGCUGACUUCAGAGGAGUUUGAGGAAAUUUUAAGAAGUGAACAGGAAAUAAUGUUAAUGCUCACUUUAGUUAUAGGGAAACAAUACAAUUUAUUUUCAAUGCACUUUACACUAAACAAAUAUCAAAGCAAUAAAAGGAAUGAAAAAAAAUUAAACAAGAGACAAUUACAAAUUAAAGAUGCUUUUAAAAAAGAAGGUUUUAAGACCCUUUUUAAAACUCUCAAUCAUCUGUGGAGCCCUCAGAUGUUCUGGGAGGAUGUUUCACUGGAGCAGAUUAAUAAUGAUUAAUUAGCGUGACAAUGCUGUAAAAAAAUAAAUAAAUAAAUAACCAAGUAAUAUUAGUUGGCGUUAAUUCUUUUACUAGCUCAUCUGGUAAUCCCAAAAUGCACCACUUAAAAGAAAUUGAGCAGUAGCAGUGAUGGGUAGAGCAAAAGUAAAUCUUUCUCUCUUUGAAAAUAAUAACUUAUAACCCCUUAAAUGCCUGACACCACAAAUUAUGGCCAGAAAUUCAAGUUUUUUUUGAGCUGUAACGUUUAUUUCACUUACUACUGAAAACCAAAAAAAUAUAUAUAUAUAUUUCGUUUGAUACAUGAGAUGUUUUUGGAAACUGAUAAACCACAAGAGGACAUUUUUAUCAUUUAUCGGACUGUAUUCAGGUGUUUUUUAGUAAUUUGUUGAUCAUAUUGAUUUGAUAGAAUUAUAUAAAAGUAUGUAUCAAAUAUGAUACAAAAGGCAUAAAAGGGUUACUAACAUUGGUGAUUUAAGUUGGUAAAAUAGGAAUAAUUCAAAUCAUUGUGUAAAAUGUGAAUCAUAUCAAUAAAGACAGCUACCAUUUUUAUGUAUAUGAUUUAUAAAUCAAUACAUUAUUUGUCAUGCUCAGUAUGUUCCAGCGUAUGUCGCCUAGUCUCUCUCAUUGUGUCAUCUUUGACUUGAAUUUCUCUUGUCUCUUUUUGCUGUUGGCCUCUCAGCUCUGGACUGAGGAAGUGGAAAAGGUAGGUUUAAAUAAAUCUGGACUUAGAGUGUAUUAAAGACAUAAUGUCACUAACAUUAUCUCUUUAUUUUUUAGGCUGAGCAUGAGCUCCGUGUGGCCCAAACAGAGUUUGACCGUCAAGCAGAGGUUACGCGGUUGCUUUUGGAGGGCAUCAGUAGUACACAUGUAAGUCAGUCAGGCGCCUUCUACGACGCCUGUUAGUGUCUCACAUAAACACGUUUCACACAGACUUACCAGUUUUGAGCUUUGAACAGUAGUUUUACGUUUCACUCCAGGAUUAAAAGUUUGCUCUUGCCUUUUUUGUACUGAUUGAUGGAAUGAGAAUGUCAUUGAGUGCAAACAAAAUAGACGUACUCUUUGCGGGCAGAAAUAUGCAAACUUAAGCAGUUAUCACAAUGUUUGGCCACAUCUUUUGUUGGUUUCAAUUUGAAAACAAUUUUCCUCCAGUUUAAAUUUUGGCAUUUUGUUGUUGAAUAAUUCUAAUAUUUAGUUUGUUUUGGUGUAUUUGUGUCAUCUUUAACUUAAUUAGGGCCUGAGCUGACGCAGCGAGCAGUUGAAACGCUAGGAAUUAUUUAUUGUUAUGAACCCGGACAGUUUCCAACGUUAUGACACCCAAGACAGGCUCAAAACACACAAUAAAUUCAAUAGGCGGGUUGGGUCUGGCAGAAAUUCACAUAUUUUACUGGGCGUGUACAUGUAGGAAAAAACUACCCGGUACCAAACCCUUCAUAUUGUCAUACUCAGGGACUCUCUUGUGGAAUUGUUGGUGCACAACUCCUUUAAGACCUUUAAUUUUUCGCAUUUGGAUUUUCUCUAAAACACACAAGGGAGGACAAAAAAUUUCGUUUAGCCGAAUCAGAUGUUACAUUUAGAAAUUUCUCUCAUCUGUUUUCAGUUUGUUCAGAAAUAACUGGGUGUCUACUUGAUGUUGACAACAUCGAAAAUAAAAAAAGAAAACAUCUGGAACAGAUGCACUGUGCUCUGACCAGUCCAGAGUCUGACAUUUUUUCUUUUUCAUGGUGACUCUGCACAUUAGGAAUGUCCAAAGCACCUAAAAAAAUCCCAAACUAGCCGUUCUAGCCAUCACAAAGGUCGCUGGAUGCCGUGGAGCGCAUUGCAACAGGGGAGUGGUGUGACACUGCUCCGACCUGCCAGUGCCCCUCGAGGCGCUAGUUGUUGUUGUUAUUUUGGACAAGGGUUUCAUAUGUUUCAAAAUUAAUGUGCUUUCUUGCACUGAAAAUAAAUUGUUUACUUCACGCAUCAACAAUAACAAGCUAGUCAUGUUAUACAGUGUGUAUUUAGGACCAACUAAUUACCAACGUUUCUGGAUUAUCACUCAAACUUGUCAGUUUUCUGCUAUAUUUGCACCGUAGUAGACCAGGAAUUUGAUAAAGAAUACUUCAGGCUGAAAAGAAAACUCUUUUAUUUAAUCAUUUAUUUAUUUUUGUUCUAUCUGCAGGUCAACCAUUUGCGCUGCCUGCAUGAGUUUGUCGAGGCCCAAGCAGUUUACUACAAGCAGUGUCAUUUCCACAUGCAAGAACUACAGAAGGAGCUGGGAAGGUGAGAACAGAUAAGAUAACACAUGGGCUGAUGGUAAAAUUCACACACCUAAACAGAGCUAUUCGUCCUCAUAUGACAGAAUUGCAUGUUUACAUUUUAAAUAGAUUGUAAAGAAGAGGUUGAUACAGCCUCAUGGUUUGGAGGUCAAUCUGAUGCACUGGUGGCACAACCCACAUGAGACAUAACCUUCCUCUAACCCUUUGGGGCUCAGGCCCUAAUUAAACUCCCGGGAACCCGUAACUUAUACAUACAGUAGUCUUAAGUUUUGACAACCUUGAGAACAUGUGGGGUCUGGGUUUCUUCAUGAUUCAUGUUGCCAGUUAGUUCUCCAGAUGCCAGUGGACGCCUUUCUUAUUUUUUAAACACAUCUUUUCCAAUCAUGAAAAUUAAUUUUUACUGUCUCAUGCCCUCAGUGCUGGUGAGGAUACGUAAGUAUGGAUCGCAAUGUGGGUGCUGAUGUGAUUUAUCUUUUCUUUUGUGCAUAAUUUAGGCUAAAAAAAAUGCAUGACAUUCAAUGUUUACCACCUACAUAUUGAAUAAAAACUACUUCACCUCCAAACUGACUUUUUCUUUUCCUCUAAAAGGCCUAAUUUCAGGAAACAGGUCUUAAUAAAAAGCUGUUUUCCAUGGGACCAGUUUUAUUAAAUAACUUUUGUUAGCAAAAUCAUCUGUUUUGGCUUGGUGUGGAGUUGAGUGUUUCUUUAUGAGUGUUUCCUUUUUGGUUUUUGACUUGCUCUGUGAUCAGUACAUGUUUCCCUGCUUCCCCUCAGGCUCCCUAAUGCUUUUGCACUGAACUCCACUCACCCCGUGGCUCCCGCUGGCCCUGAGACAGACGGUAACAGCAGCCCUGUGGAGACAGACACACUGAAGAUUGAGGAAGUACAGGCACCAGCUACUGGAACCCGCAAGGCCAAAGUCCUCUAUGAUUACGACGCUGCUGACUCAAGCGAGCUCUCCCUUUUGGCCGAUGAGGUGAGAUUUCAUCAUCAAGCUGAAGAAACUUCUCUUGGUUUACAGAAUAGUUUCACCCAUGCUGCUACCGUCUGUAAUUGUGUCAAGGUUUCUUUUCUCUCUGUUAACCUUUGAUCCGCCUCAGUUCAGUUCAGUUAAGUGUGCGUCCUCUGUGUUGCAGCUCAUCACAGUUUACACCGUGCCGGGAAUGGAUUCUGACUGGCUGAUCGGAGAGAGAGGAAACCAGAAAGGAAAAGUGCCUGUCACAUACCUGGAGCUGCUCAGCUAAAGAACACACACAAACACAGACACACACAUUUACACACACACAUGUGCAUGUGCAUGUGCAUGUGUGUGAGUGGGUACUACUAAAAGCCAUGAGGAUUUUUCAUUAACUUCAGUUAUUUCACACAUUAACCUUGGACCUUCAGUAGCACUCCUACAGUAAGCAACAUGUUGAGUUUGACACACACACACACACACACACACACACACACACACACACACACACACACACACACACACACACACACACAUAGACACCCAUUCCUGACCUUCUCAGAGCACACUGACGUUCAUUUACACUGACAGCAGGGACAUGACGACAUUGUUACAGUGAGAACAGGAGACUCCCCAUUUGGGAAAUGUUACCAUUCCUUUUACGAUAUGUUUGGUGAUUUAUGAUAAUGAUGUUUAUUUCUUAUUUAUUUCUUAUUUAUUGUGGUGUAUCUGAAGGUUCAGGUGAGCCUCUCUGUGGUAGGAUCACAAAAGAUUUGCUACAAAACGUCUCGACACACUGUCUUUAGAGAGAGAGAUACCUAUCCAAGUCAUAUUUCGUUGAUAUAAAGUUUUGUUCUUUGUCCCCUAUGGUCACAUUUUUUUCAUGAAUUUAUCACUGAACCCCACUGCAAACACACUCAUGAUAUUUGUGGUUUCGUGAGCUUUAACUUCACUGUCAUAAGAAGUUUGGUUUGGCAAGAGAAGAAAAAAAGGUGAAGGAAGAUUUUCUUUUAAUUUUUGAAACGUGAAGAACAGAGAAUGUAGAUUUAAAUGGCAGGUAUAAGAAAGAAAAAGGAACAAAUAAAGGAUUCAGCUCAAAAUAUUGAUAAAAAGAAACGUUUAAGUAUAGAAUAAAAGCAAUAAUAAAGAGUAUUUGAACAUACAGGACAAAGGCAAAAUUUGAGAAUAAAAUCACCUUUCAGCACAGAUACAUUCAGAUAGCCACUUGUGUGCUGUGCCAUCUCGCAAAGCAGCCAUUGCUGUAGCGUUAACUCAACAUCUGUGCUGCAUGCUGACUAUGACGUCUGUCUAAGGUCAGUAUAGCUGGAGUAAAAGCAUUGAAUGAGUGCUGAUGAAGGUAACUUAACCAAAUAAUCUUAACUGUAUCUUGAGUGGUCAAAUCAGACACUAGUUACAACAAUAGGGAAAAGAUCUGACUAUAUUUGCCACAUAGAUGUGAUGAAGUGCUAUAAAAUGUACCAUGCCAUUUAAUUUACUAACAGCUGUGUUUAAACAACACAAACUUGUAGAAGCGAAUAUGUGUUAUUGAUUUUUUUUUUUCAUUUUAAUAUACAUCUAUUACGUAAACAUUUUAUUUCACUAUAAAUUUAACUGGACCAUAAAGAUUACAUGCAGCUUUUUUUAUAAGCUUGCCAGCAAGUGGAACAUUACCUUCAAGAUUGUUUCAAUUAUCGCUUGUUGAUGAACAACAAAAUGCAAUCAACGGGUCAAUCAGAAAGGGGCAAAACCACAAACAAUAUCACAUUCUUGGCUCUCUUCUGGAGAAUACCUUAGUCACUUUCUGCGGAGAGUGCCUGUUCCCAUACAGAUGGACUCUUAAAUCUUGCUGUUGUGCAAAUUUAACACAGUAGAAGUUUAUCAUGACUGAUAUAUAGAGCAGAUGAAAACUGCACAGGCUCUUCUACAUGCCACUUGAAAAAAAAGUUAAGUUACAUGCAAGUAAAGGCAGUAAUGGCAGCUUGUUGCUAGUUUCAUUGAUGGGCCUACAGUAAGUGCCUGAUUGGGAAUAAAUCAAUCCAGGCCGGAAUAGCUUUUGUCUAUUUUAUCUUCGUUUAACUAAAUUUUUAUUCUCACUUCUUUGAAAAUUAAAACAUCUUCCCUCCUUCAUUGUUUUUUUUUCUUAUGCUGAACUCCAUUACACUCCCGUGAAAAUCCAUUAGUUGCACUGAUCUGUCUCUAACUUAUGAAGCGCUGUGUGACGUAGGACAGAGGUACAUAAACAUACAAACAUGUCAGAGGAGUGGUGAAACGAGAUUUAUCUGACGCGUGUUUAAUUAUGAAUGUUGAUGAGGCACAUCCCGUUAAAGAAGUGAAAGGGAAUGUGGGUUAAAUAGACUGUUUCGCCCACGUCAUGACAAACCGGGUGUGACGCUGUGAUGACACAGAUGUCUUGUUAUUACCAGCAGCUGACGGGUAUUGCCUCUGUUUAACCCCAUAAACAAAAGAGGAAGCUGUUAAUGUUUGCAAGUUUUAGCACUGAAACAUGUCCCUCUUUCCCCUUUUUUACCAGUAUGACACAAGCAGAAUUUCAUUUCCUUUUUCCGUUUUUGUUGUUGUUGUUUUUAUCUUCGACCAAAGCAUUAAAAAUGACAAACACAUAGAGAAGAACAAUAACUUUAAAACAGCAAAUACUGUUUUUCUCAGAUGCAUUGUCACCCUGAACUCUUGGACAGCAGAUUUGCCUUAACUGCUCACAGAAAUGAAUGUAAUUUCGAGACGAUUUUACACAUUUGUUGACAUUAGGGUUAAAAAUUUAUACCAACAGGUUUGCUGUUUUGCUUUAUCUUCUUUUUGUAGAAUUUCCUUUUUUUAAUUGAAUUUGCUUUUUUUGUUUUGGGUUUUUUUUAUUUUUUAUUUUUUGCCUCACAUACCAGCUGAACUUUGGUGCUGCAGGUGUGACUAAUGAAAUAAAUGUGGAAAUCUAAAGAGAGAGACGUGAAAGUCUACAAUGAAACAACAACCCCAAUUCCAUAAGAGUUAAGACACUGUAAAAAAAUGGUUUGCAGAUCAUCUGAACCCUUAGCAAAAUACAUAUAUUAAAUGUUGAAACUAAAAUAUGUAUUGUUUUAUGAAUAAUAAUAUGCACUUGUUUUUCAUUUAGUGUCAGUAACAGGAGUUUGUGUACCAUUGCGUCCCACCGUUUCUUCUUUUUAACAACACACAAACAUUUGGGAACGUUUGGAGUCUCCUUUGUCAUACUUUAGCAUCAUGAUGCACCAAACGAUUUCCAUGGUUGGGACCGAAACCAGGCCAGUUUAGCACCAAGUCUGUUCUGCUUUAGAGCCAUGCAUUUGUCCUCUCUGUAAAAGACGACAAAAUGUAUGUGCAGAUUGUCUCACUACGAUACCUGCAUAUAUUUUUAAGCAGUAACGAUGCAAUCUCUGAAAGGUAGACGACACAUGCAACGCGCUCUUGUGCAUCCCUAUACCACAUUGGAUGCUGGCUUUUGAACUGUGCAAUAUCAACAGUAUGUAGAGUAUGUAUCGUCCAUAAUUUCCCCCAAAAAAUGUCAAAUUUUAAGAAGUCAAACCACAUUUCCUCAGUUUGCCUUUAAUGCUCAAGUCCAUUUAAAGCAAGUGGCUGGCAAUUCUGCAUAAUAGAAUAGAAAAUAUGUCUGAGCGAUACAAUUUGCAUUUGUUGACGCAGAGCUAAACUAUAUUCACAGAAAAUAAUUUUUGGAUGUCAUUUUAAGCCCAUGCAAUAAUUUCCACUGCCAAAGUUGUGUCUCUUUUUAAUGCAGUGCUGCCUUAGGGCCUGAAGAUCACAGCCAUCCAGUAGAAGUUACUGGCACUUUCUGAAUCUUUUAAUGACAUCCUCAAAUUGUUUGCAGUUCAAUGCUGAGGAAGUUUAUUCUAACAAUUCUGAGAUAUGUCCUCACGCAGUCUCUCACAGAGUGGUGACCCUCUCUCUUUACUUCUGAGAUACUCUGCCCCUCUUGAGCGCCCUUUUUAUUCCCAGUCAUGUUACCGACCUGAUGCAUUUAAAGAGUUGUGAUAGCGCACAACUUUUUUAGCGUUUAAUUGUUUCUGCAUCAACAUCAGAUUCAGAAUGAAUAUAUAUAUAUUUUUCAUAGACCAAUACAAUGAAUCAGUUUCAACAUUUGAUAUGUUCCUUUUGCACUAUUUUGAUUUCAAUGUAAGAUUUUAUUUAUUAGAUUUCUAAUUUAAACACUUUUUUGUCACUUUUUUUUAUCAUGGAGAAAUGAACUGAUGAGACUAACUAUUAAAAAUAUGUACUAAGAUUACAUGCAAGAGCCAAAUAAAUGCAUACUUCAAACUAUGAGAAUAUAUUUUUCAACAUACAGACAGCAAGGAGAGUCUUUGUUUCUACAUUUUAUUCACUCAUUUGGUUAUUACUCUUUUUUUUUUUCCGUAUUUAUUUUCUCGUUUUUUCUACGUGUAAUUCUGAUCACUGGUACUCCUCAUUCACUGCACUAAAGGUGUUAUAUUUGAAUAACACAAACACCUGUGAAGCAAAUAAACACACUCCCAUCCAAAACUGCCUUAAGAUGAUGGGAAAGAACUGCUGAUGUCAUGAUGCUAUCUGCUGCACUCCAAGAAAACGCUCUCCACCACAAAAUGUCCAGAGACUGAAUGUCCACCACGAACAGCAUGCACGACUGUAACUCCUCUAACCAUGUGUGUCUUUGAGUGAUUUUUGAGUUGGCCUUCAGUGUUAUUUGAAUCGAUGAUUUUCCUGUCUGCUGCUCUUUUGUCUGCUAAUACUUUAAAGUGUCUUCAGUCUUUGUGCUGCAUGUGCUACAGCUUGUAGCCUGUCCAGCUGGACAUGUAUGUGUUAAUGAUCUGUAGCUAAAGUAUGUUUGUGUGAGCUGACAGGCGCACACAGGAACUAAUGUGAAGCCUCACGUCCAGUAUGUGUACAUGCAUGCACUCCGUCAGUUUUUCAAACCUUCUGUUUUUGUAAAAAUCUGAAAAAUGUCUGAAAAUGCAGAAGCUUCAAAAUCAAAGUUGUCUUGACUGCAGUUCAUGACUGAUGCAGGUUUCAGUGUGACUGGAUAGUUUUAUUUUUGAUCCCUGCUCUUUUCAGUUUUUCUUCAAGUAUGUUUUUUGUUGUUAUUCUGUUGUACCUCACCUUGUAUUAUUUUGUUAAAUAUGUAUUACCCGAGUGAAAGAAAUGUCUGGGAAUUAAUAAAAACUUUGAUUUACUUCCAUU